AUGGAGGGUGGGGAUGGAGAACAGGUUGAUGUGCGGAGAGAUAAAUGGAUUAACAAGGUGCCUAGUUAUAAACCGAUUUGCCCUAUGGAAUAUACUGGUCACUCAUUGAAGGUAGCAACACUAAUAGACAGUAAUACACGCACGUGGAAGGAGGAACUGAUAAGCUUGUUAUUCAGUCAAGAAGAUGCUAGGCGAGUGCUGGGGAAAGAACAAUUACAGAGAGAACUGCGAUCCCCGAUUUGGCAAAUGUUAUGGAAGGCGAAGCUGCUGCCAAAGGUGAAGAUAUUUAUAUGGAGAUUAUUAUGGGGUAUACUACCAGCUAAAGAAGCGAUGACAGCUCAAGUAGUGGGAGUGGAUUGUAGAUGUAGUGUUUGUGGAGUGGAGAACGAAACAGGUUUUUGUGUUUUCUUUGACUGUGUCUUUAGUCGUGCAAUAUGGGAGGAAAUUUGUGCACGGAUGCAGACUUUUUUGGAUAGGUGGUCCUCGUCUGAUGAGUUUCUGCUAACUUUCAUGAUUAAAAGCAAACAAGAGAACCAAAUGGAUAUUUGUUUGUAUGCUUUGUGGCUUAUUUGGCUGAACCGAAACCAGUGUCCACACAAUGCUAAAUGUAAUAAUACUAUAAGAGUCAUAACUAACAAAGUAAGAGGAACUUUACACAGGUUUAAUUCUGAAUUUCGUAGCAUGUCAAGAGUUGAUUAUCUACAUAUACUUGUAAAAUGGACUUUGGAGUGUUUCAAGCAUAAUACUUGCCAGACAUGA